UUUCAUAUAUUUUUCAGAGUUAAAAUGCUUAUAUAACAAUAAUUUGAUUUUAGUUUUUCAGAACCGGUUGAUCUUGUUUUUACAUGGGUGAAUGGAAGCGAUCCAAAACUAAUCGAUACAAUGUUACAUUAUUUACCGGAAGGAACCGAGUUAACAGCAAAACGAUUCCGAGAUUGGGGAAAUUUGAGAUAUGCUUUACGAUCAGUAGAGAAGUAUGCCGAUUGGAUCAACCAUGUAUAUAUUGUUACAAAUGGCCAGGUACCAAACUGGUUAAACACCGGGUACCAUAAAGUCUCCAUUGUGAAACAUUCGGAUAUUUUUCGAAAUAUAAGCCAUUUACCAACGUUUAAUGCACAGGCUAUUGAGACUCAUAUUCACCGUAUACCAGGAUUGUCUAAGAGCUUUCUUUACAUGAAUGAUGACUUUUUCUUUGCCCAAACAGUUGAACUCGAAGAUUUUUAUUCCAAAGAAACAGGUUUUAAAAUAAGAUUUGGUGCUGAAAGAGUUCCCGAAUACAUUGACAAGUGUAACAA